CGUUGUUGAGUCGAGAUCUGCAGUAGAAAAAUUUCAGCUGUUGAACAGAAACGAAGUUCUCAAGUUCAGCUGUAGGUGUAGUGUUGUGGAUAUGUGAGAGUUGUGGAGAUGGCGAAUGACGAGUCUCUGUACCCCAUUGCUGUGCUUAUCGAUGAGCUAAGAAAUGAGGACGUCCAGUUACGGCUUAACUCUAUCAAGAAACUCUCCACGAUUGCUAUCGCAUUGGGAAUUGAACGUACACGAAAUGAGUUGGUUCCUUUCCUGACGGACACUGUUGAUGACGAGGAUGAGGUGUUAUGGGCUUUAGCUGAACAGCUUGGGGCUUUCAUAGACCUUGUUGGUGGACCGGAAUAUGCUCACUGCUUGCUGCCACCAUUGGAGAGCUUAGCAACAGUUGAGGAGACAGUAGUCAGGGAUAAAGCUGUGGAAUCACUGGUUGCUGUGGCUGAGCAACAUUCGCAAACUGACUGUGAGGCACAUUUCGUACCUCUUGUGAAACGCUUGUCCCAGGGCGACUGGUUCACGUCUCGGGCUUCGGCAUGUGGAUUGUAUACUGUUGCCUACAAGCUGUCCUCAAAGAGCAUACAGGGUGAAUUGAGGCAGCACUUCCGCUCCUUAUGCUCUGAUGACACACCAAUGGUGAGACGCUCAGCUGCGAGCAGGCUGGGCCAAUUUGCCAAGGAGAUGCACCUGGACUACGUGAAGAGUGACAUUGUGCCACUGUUUGCGCAGUUGGCUGGCGACGACCAGGACUCUGUACGCCUGUUGGCCGUUGAGUCUGCGGCACCCAUUGCAGCGCUGCUGAACCAGGCCGAUGUUGAGUCAUUGAUCAUGCCAGUGGUUCGCAUGGCAACGACAGAUAAAUCAUGGCGUGUACGCUACAUGAUCGCGGACAAGUUUGCGGACCUUCAGAACUCGGUAAAUCCCAACACGAAUCGCACCGAACUCGUUCCGGCGUAUAGCUCGCUUCUCAAGGACCCGGAAGCGGAGGUCCGCGCUGCAGCGUGCCAAAAGCUCAAGAUUUUCUGCAACAAUCUGCCGGAGGAAAGUCGUGCUAGCGCGAUCCUGGAGGAGAUUCUCCCGUGUGUGGAGGGACUGGUUUCAGAUGCCAAUCAGCAUGUGAAGACAGCGCUGGCGUCGGUAGUGAUGGGCCUUGCACCGCUGCUCGGAAAGGAGCCGACUCUAGAGUACCUGCUGCCCUUGUUCCUGACUCAGCUGCGCGACGACUGUCCCGAGGUACGGCUCAACAUUAUCAGCAAUCUGGAUGCAGUCAGUAAGGUCAUUGGCAUUGGUCAGCUCUCACAGUCACUGCUGCCUGCUAUUGUUGAGCUUGCGGAGGACCAGAAAUGGCGUGUGCGGUUGGCGAUCAUCGAGUACAUGCCGCUCCUGGCCAACCAGCUCGGCGUGGAGUUCUUCAACGAGAAAUUCAACCCACUCUGCAUGACGUGGCUUGCUGACAAUGUGUAUGCGGUGCGCGAAGCAGCUGCCAGCAACCUGCGGCGUCUUGUCGAAGCGUUUGGCUCGGACUGGGCCAAGGUUCACCUCAUUCCCAAGGUGCUGGCAAUGUCGCAGGACCCGAACUACUUGCACCGUCUGACGACGCUGUUCUGUAUCAACGUCCUAGCGGGCGUUGUCAGCAGUGACAUUGUCAACACGAGCAUCGUGACCGCCCUGCGGCAGCUGGCCGGUGACAGUGUGGCAAAUGUGCGCUUCAACGUGGCCAAGACCGUCAAGCACAUCUCCAGUACGUUAGGAGAGGACGUCGUUGAAUCGUCCAUUCGGCCGGCUCUCCAGCAGCUAGCAACCGACUCCGAUAUUGAUGUCAAAUUCUACGCGCAAGAGGCCCUGACGGCAGUUGCAUGACAGGCAACUGCACCAUCAGUAGGCCAACAGUGCUAUCUGGAUUUAGACUGACUUCACGGCUUGUGUUCCUCGCCAACACUCUAUUCUAUAUUCUUGGUGUCCCCUCUCUGAUGUGGACGGACAAAGUUGCUUUUAUCACUAUUUGAAUACUGGAGUAGUCAGUUGGCUGCCAUGCGUCCAAUUUCUCGUCAAAUCGUCACCAUCAGCGUAUUGUGGCUACAUGGGAAAGUAAGUUGUUCACAGGUUGCCGAUAGGCUUGUAUAUGCCAUUGGAAGUCCUAGCCCGCACCGGCGUGCUGCCGUGCGGCGUGAUCCAGACACUGUGUUUAUUCAUGCCUUAGUUAACGUGUUCCCUAGCAGAGGCCGUCCUAUCCACUGCGCUCCGCGUUGGCCGCUUUCCUUCCUCGUGGUGGCAGCGCUCACUCUUGCCCCCUCUGCUGUCCCUUUCCCUUUCGUUUCCAAUCUGACCGACUCUCCAACUGCAUGUCCUCUGUUAGUUCUUUUAUUGUUCAAUCUUGACCAACUGUGUAUAGACUUCAGAUUUCUCCAUUGGCCAACCGCUGCCACGUUGGCCUCGGCUCCCACUGUACAGCCCCUGUCCCAGACUAACUUUUACGCACGUGCAUCUUAUGUUUUUGAGCCUCCGGCACAUGCAGGGCGAUUUUAACUGCUGCUGCGUCUGCAGGUUUUUAAUAUCCGGUCGCUGCUUCCACUCGGUCUGCAUUCAGAUGUCUAUUCUCGUUGUUGUCAGCUGUUGUCUUUACUGUAUGUUUCUUUAUUAUUAUUCUUACUUCUUAUUAAAAAUAAUAAUAACAAAGGCCCCGUGUCUGUAAAUCCAUCCGGCUGACACUGGUGCCUGCGGCGGCCAGCUUAGUGCAAGCACACUCUGCUCCCAGCUCCGAAUCCAACUAGCUCGUUGUUGCAUGUGUUCCCCAUCCGCUUUAGCAGGAUGCUUUCGUCUCCCAUUGUUGGUACCCCGACCGUCUAGUUUUCGUUCCUGCUUCGCUGGUACACUUUUACACAGCUGAAUUCUGCUUUUUUUUUUAUGUUUCGUUGUAGCUCUUUUGAUUAUGUGGUUAAAUUUACGCUUCGUCUCAAGUGCAUGUGGCAGACAACUUGCACUGUACAUUUAGUGGGCCAGUUUUUCUGUCCCCUUCACCAUCUCAUUUUAUGACAAUGGGUUUUUUUUAUUGAUGCUCCUGUUUCUCUA